AUGAAUUAUCAAAAUCCUCUUCAACAAGGUAAUGCUAACCUGAAUAUUGGGCAAGGAAAAAUGCGGGCUCAUAAGGUGGCUACAACUGCACGGAAAAACCCAACUGCCAUUGCAAUUGCAUCUUCGGUAAGAUAUAGCAAAGUCUUAAAACAAAGACAAGGAAUCAAUGCUUCGGCCGGCAACUCAAAACAAGACUUUUUCAGGUUUAAGAGAUUUGUGAGGGCAUUGCAAAGCCCAGAGUAUGAAAAGAAAAGCUCCAAGGCACCCGAAUUAUAUCCACCUGUUAAGGAUGAAGCCAGCGCACAAAAAAUAUUUGUCAUGCUAAUUCAGAAUCAGCUUGUUCUUCCUGUUCGCAAGUUGAAGACAAAGGAGUCCAAAGAGAGAGGUUUGCCUGUUAAUAAAACUACUCCUGGAUUAGAAAUCAUACACAAGGCAGUUUUACAGCCGGAUACAUACUUCAUGUGGAACUUCGAGCCCCCAAAUCCAUUCCUCUGGCUAUAUUCAAUUCUUGGUGUCGCAGCAGUCUUUGCUGUAGUGUUGUUCCCUCUUUGGCCUGUUUGGAUGAGAACAGGAGUUUGGUACUUGAGUACAGGCUUGUUAUUACUCAUUGCUGCAUUCUUUGGUAUUGCAUUCAUAAGAUUAAUCAUAUUCAUAGUGUCAUACUUUACUAUGUCGAGACGUUUCUGGCUUUUCCCAAACUUGUUUGCCGAUUGUGGUGUUAUUGACAGUUUCAAGCCAUUGUACGGAUGGGAAGAUCCAAGUAGCAAGAAGCAGGGUCACAAGCACAAACACCGUAAGACUACAAAGGAUACAGGUGAUGCGAGUACCGAAAAGACAGCAGAACCCAUCGCAACAACAACAGCAGCAACAACAACAACUUCCUCCAAGGCAAAAACUACAGAGGCCAGGAAGCGCACACCAAUCCUCGAAGAAAUAGCAGAUGAUGAGAAUUAA